CCCCUCCCUGUCCUCCGUUCCACCCUCCCUCUUCCCUCCGCCCGGAGGUUCCCGGGUCCCCGGCGCCGCCUACUCUCUUCCCGGCUCUGGGCUCCCGCUACAGCCGCUGCCCGGGGGAAAGAGAGACUGGGGGGUUGGGUAGAAGAGAGAGAGGAGGGAAAAGACCCCUGCUCGGCCCAGCGCCGUAUACCGGAGGCAGAAGGGAAAAGAGGAGGAGGAGGAGAAAGAAGGAGUGGGGGGGAGGGAGGAGCGGCCCGGCCUGGGGCCCUGAGGCCCGGGGAGAGGCGGGGAGCUGGGCCAGGGAAAGAGCCGGGUGAGCUGGGCCAAAGCGCCGAGAUGCUGCUGCUGCUACUGCAUCUCCUCCUUCCCUUGGGUUCUGAUGGGGCCCAGAACUCCAACACAACCUCCGAAGGCUGCCAAAUCAUACACCCACCAUGGGAAGGGGGGAUCCGCUACAGGGGCCUGACCCGAGAUCAGGUUCGGGCAAUCAACUUCCUGCCUGUUGACUAUGAGAUUGAGUAUGUGUGCCGGGGGGAUCGUGAGGUUGUGGGGCCCAAGGUUCGCAAGUGUCUCUCCAAUGGUUCUUGGACAGAUAUGGACAUGCCAAGCCGGUGUGUACGUACCUGUUCCAAGUCUUAUCUGACUCUGGAUAAUGGGACAGCUUUCCUCAGGGGCGGGAACCGUCCAGCCCUGGAUGGUGCCUGGGUGGAUUUCAGAUGUGACCCUGGUUUCCAUCUAGUGGGCAGUUCCCGAAGCAUCUGUGCCCGGGGACAGUGGGACACCCCGAAGCCCUCCUGCCAGGGUGAGGGGAAUAAACACUUGGCCCCCUCCUCAGGCCGGCGGGCGGUCUAUAUCGGGGCGCUGUUCCCCAUGAGCGGGGGCUGGCCCGGGGGCCAGGCCUGCCAGCCGGCGGUGGAGAUGGCGCUGGAGGACGUGAACAGCCGCAGGGACAUCCUGCCCGACUACGAGCUCAAGCUCAUCCACCACGACAGCAAGUGUGAUCCUGGACAAGCCACCAAGUACCUAUAUGAGCUGCUCUACAACGAUCCCAUCAAGAUCAUCCUCUUGCCAGGCUGCAGCUCGGUCUCCACCCUUGUAGCAGAGGCUGCCAGGAUGUGGAACCUCAUUGUGCUUUCUUAUGGUUCAAGCUCACCAGCCCUAUCAAAUCGACAGCGUUUUCCCACUUUCUUUCGAACUCAUCCCUCAGCCACCCUUCAUAAUCCUACUCGGGUGAGGCUCUUUGAAAAGUGGGGCUGGAAGAAGAUCGCCACCAUUCAGCAGACCACUGAAGUCUUCACUUCGACUUUGGAUGAUCUAGAGGAACGAGUGAAGGAAGCAGGAAUUGAGAUUACUUUUCGCCAGAGCUUCUUUUCUGACCCAGCUGUGCCAGUCAAGAACCUUAAGCGCCAGGAUGCUCGAAUCAUCGUGGGACUUUUCUAUGAAACCGAAGCUCGUAAAGUUUUCUGUGAGGUUUACAAGGAGCGACUCUUUGGGAAGAAAUAUGUCUGGUUUCUCAUUGGCUGGUAUGCAGAUAACUGGUUCAGAACCCCGGACCCAGCCAUCAACUGUACUGAGCAGGAGAUGGCAGAAGCGGUGGAGGGACACGUCACCACAGAGAUUGUCAUGCUAAACCCUGAGAACACUCGUGGUAUCUCUAACAUGACAUCCCAGGAGUUUGUGCAAAAACUGACCCAGCGAUUGGGGAGCAAGAAAGCUGAGGAGACUGGUGGCUUUCAGGAGGCACCCCUGGCUUAUGAUGCCAUUUGGGCCUUGGCAUUGGCACUGAACAAGACAUCAGGGGGCAGUGGUGUCCAUUCUAGUGGCGGGGUACGACUGGAAGAUUUCAACUAUAAUAACCAGACCAUUACGGACCAGAUCUACCGGGCAAUGAAUUCUUCAUCCUUUGAAGGAGUUUCUGGCCAUGUGGUAUUUGAUGCUAGUGGUUCUAGGAUGGCACGGACUCUCAUUGAACAGCUGCAGGGUGGAAAAUACAUGCAGAUUGGCUACUAUGACAGCACCAAGGAUGAUCUCCACUGGUUGGGUGCUGACAAGUGGAUUGGAGGGUCUCCUCCAGCUGACCAAACUGUGGUCAUCAAGACAUUCCGCUUCCUGUCCCAGAAGCUCUUUAUCUCAGUCUCAGUACUGUCCAGUUUGGGCAUCGUGCUGGCCAUCGUUUGUCUGUCCUUUAACAUCUACAACUCUCAUGUCCGGUAUAUCCAGAACUCACAGCCAAACUUGAACAAUUUGACUGCUGUGGGCUGCUCCUUGGCUCUGGCUGCUGUUUUCCCACUUGGGCUAGAUGGCCAUCAUAUUAGAAAGGGCCACUUUCCCUUUGUCUGUCAGGCUCGACUUUGGCUUUUAGGCCUGGGCUUCAGUCUGGGCUAUGGUUCCAUGUUCACUAAGAUCUGGUGGGUCCACACAGUAUUCACAAAGAAGGAAGAGAAAAAGGAAAGAAGAAAGACUCUAGAAUCCUGGAAACUUUAUGCUACAGUGGGGCUGCUGGUGGGACUGGAUGUUUUUACAUUGGCUAUUUGGCAGAUUGUGGAUCCCUUACAUCGAACUAUUGAGUCUUUCACCAAGGAGGAGCCAAAGCAAGAUAUUGAUAUCUCCAUUCUACCCCAGCUGGAGCAUUGCAGCUCCAAGAAGAUGAAUACUUGGCUCGGCAUCUUCUAUGGGUACAAGGGACUGUUGCUGCUGCUUGGGAUUUUCCUUGCUUAUGAGACCAAGAGUGUCUCCACUGAGAAAAUCAAUGACCACCGUGCUGUUGGCAUGGCAAUCUACAAUGUGGCGGUCCUGUGUCUCAUCACUGCCCCAGUUACUAUGAUCCUAUCCAGUCAACAGGAUGCCGCUUUUGCUUUUGCUUCUCUUGCCAUUGUAUUUUCUUCCUACAUUACCCUAGUUGUGCUUUUUGUGCCCAAGAUGCGGAGGUUGAUCACCCGAGGGGAGUGGCAAUCUGAGGCUCAAGAUACCAUGAAGACAGGUUCAUCUACUAAUAAUAAUGAGGAAGAGAAAUCACGACUCCUAGAGAAAGAGAACCGGGAGCUAGAGAAGAUCAUUGCUGAGAAAGAGGAACGUGUCUCUGAGCUCCGACAUCAGCUCCAGUCUCGGCAGCAGCUUCGUUCACGGCGUCACCCCCCAACUCCCCCAGAUUCUGCAGGGGGCCUUCCUCGGGGUACCUCUGAGCCACCUGAUCGGCUCAGCUGUGAUGGGAGUCGGGUCCAUUUGCUCUAUAAGUGAAGGAGUGGUAGUGAGGGGAAGGGAAACAGAUGAGGGCUUUGGGGUGGUGGGAAUUGGGGAAGGGAAGCAGGUGAGGGUUGGGGAGAGGGAAGUGGGGAAAGAUUUGGAGGACCUUGGGGAGAGAACUUUAUCCCCAAGUGACAGAAAUGGGCUUCCUCAUCCCACUGCUGUCUAUCUGUCUCUCCUAGGCUGGCUUGGGGUUCUUUCCAGUAGUCUGGGAAGCAAGCCUCUUUCCUCAUACUCACACAUCUUCAUGUCCUAGCUUCAUUACCUCAACUCUAAUUGCUCUCAGUCAUCUCUUGAUGUAUACAUCUUCAUCACUGCCAUCUCCUGUCUUCUUGUGACUCACAUCUAAUUCCAUCUCCUAGCCACUUAGCUCAUCUAUUUCAUACUCAAUGUGCCCUCUGGAACCCUCCUCCCACAUGCAAGGUACAUUCACAGUUCUCCCCAUUCUAAACGUGUGUUUUUUUCCCUCCUUUUCCCAUUAUUUUCUCCAAUGUUCGUCCAUUCCAAUGCUCAAUUUAGCACCCUUGCACUUUCUCUCAUUCUUUUCCAUGUUCCCUCCACAUACCUUUAGGCUGUCCUAUUUACCCUUUUCCCUUACCCAUGUCCUCUUUUUCCUUGCCCAGGUUUACUUGCUCCUUGCCUCUGGUUUGUUCUUGCCCAUGCUCAACAUUGCAUAUGGAUCCUCCCCACACAUCUUUGCUCACAAAAGUACUUGUUUUGCAUUCAAUUUAGCAAAUGUAUUUUAAGGAUUUAAUAUGUGCUAGGCACAGAGAAAGAUGAAAAAAAAUCCCUAGUCCCUGUCCCUGUGGAGCUUAUAGUCUAGUAGAGGAGAUUAGACAUAUCAACAAUCAAUUUUAAUACGUUAGAGUAUUUUAAACACAUGUGAAAUUUCAGGGUGAUGUGAGCAAAUGAAGGAUCAUUGUAGUUAGAGAUGUCUAACAAAUCAGAGAAGCAGUGUGAUAACAUGCAUAAGACAUUGACCAGGAAGACCCAAGUUCAAGACUUGACUCUGACACAUACUAGCUUGUGACACUGGGCAAGUGGCUUAACCUCUCAGUAACAUCCUAAGACUAUAAGUUGCAGAGAGGGUGCCACUUGACAGUGAUAGAGGUUCCUUAAUGAAGAGUCCCCUAUACCAAUAAAAUCACAGUUUCAGUCCUUAUUCCUAUGUUCAGCAUCACAUGUAUGCUCUCAUAUAUGCUUAUGGUUCUGUGUGCAUUUUCAUGUUUUCAUGGUCAUGUGUGCUUUUACCGGUAUCCCCAUUUGCAAGUAUUCUGCUUAGCUACCUCUGUAUUCUUUGUACUUUUAUAGACACAUACUCACUUUCCCUAUGUAUGCUCAUUCAGAAACCCAUUUAGUCCUCCCACACAUUCCUUGCUCAUGUUGAUGGAUUUCCAUUCCUCUAUGCUUACUUGCUUCCUCUCUCCCACGAUCAUAUCCAUUCUAUAACCACAAUUUGCCUCCCCUCACAUGGUACUCUCCUUCCUGUAAUCACAACCACUUACCACUUGAUCCGUAUUCAUAUUUGCCCUCUCCAUGAUCUUUCCCUUCUGACACAACUCCCUUGGGCUGAGGUUUUGGGGAGGAUUGAAGGAGGAGGCAUGGGGGCACAAUUGAGCUACUUCUCGUGGCCAGCUGGCAAGUAGUCUUGACCUGAAGGAAGGAUGCCUUCAGUAACUAGGACAAACAGAUGGACAUAUUGGACAUGGAUAUUUCCUUAUAUUGUGGUGUCUUUUGGGGAAGAUUCUCCUAGACCCUCAAUAAACCAGAGAUCAAUGUGACACAUGGCAUCUCUUCUUUCCUCUGUUGUUGAGAAAGGAGAAACACCUCUUUUCCUUGGAGAAAAGAAGACUGAAGAAUUUCUUAAAUUUAGAAGUUAAUAAAGAGAUAUUGAAGAGGA